AUGCCGCCCCCGCCGCCCGAGCUGACGCUGCAGGAGGUGCUUGAUUUGCAGGUGAGCCCCGGCGAGCCGAACGCCUACCUGAAAGCUGAACUUUACGACGGGUUCUCAGACCCAGACUUCCAAGAGGCGCUGGCCGAGCUGGAGGCAAUCCAUGGGAAGGCCUACAAGAACUACACGGAGGACCACACCAAACUCUUCCUGACCGUGCAGAACAAGGUGCUGCCCCGGUAUGGGUUCAAGAAGGGCCAGGUGGGGGUCAUGCAGAUGCUCUCGGUGGGCGCCCGCUUCAACGACAACGAGGAGUUUUGCAACAACAGAGCUGUUCUCAAUGAGCUCAUCGGAAUGGCCCCCGCCCUUGCGGAUGAAUUGGAAGAGCUUGCGCCCAAGAAGGAGAAGAGGGAGGAGCCAGCCCCCCUCAUCACCGAGCAUCUUCGCCUUGCGCCGACCUUGACCACCGCCUCCAGGCAGUGGCAGCCACCCUCGCAGGAGGAGUCGCGGCGUUUCCAGUUGGCAGAUGACCUACCGGCAGCCGAGGGUAUGUGA